AUGUCUGGGGCAGAGGAGGUAGAUCUGGUGAACAGGGAUCCAAAUGGACUAAAUUCCCAUCUAGGGACCCUCCACUUCAAUGACGUGAUUGGAGAGCCAGAUGGUACCCACAGUAUUGACUGUGCCUACAAGCUCUCACACACCUGCUUCAACUUGUGGAAAGGCUGCCUCUACAAGCUCCUGACAUUCUACCUGGGAUGCUUCAUAGCCGCCGAAUGGGGCUGUGAGUUUGCAAUUAUCUCCUUCGUCCAUGUUUGGUACAUUAGUCCAUGCUUAAAGGUUUGCGAAAUCAACUGUGGACUUUGUCAGAGGUUGUACUCCAACUGCAUGAACUGCUGCUUCGUGCCCGUCUGUGAAGCGAUGGGAUCUGUGUUCCAUCAUUUUAAAAGAACAUAAACGUUUAGAUUGAAUCGGAAUCCUUUUUCGUUCCCUUCUUUGAAUCUUUUAGGUCAUGAGAGAACAUAAUAAACUUUUAGAAAAUUCAGCUAGCAUUUGAUUUCAAGGAUACCUCAAUACCAGUUAAUUGCAGUGCUUACAUUUCAAAAAAGUUUGGAAAUGUUAUAUUCAGUAUGUUAAGCGAAUAUUUAUAGUGUUGAUUAAAUGCGAUAAGUUUAAUAUUUUACUGAUUUCAGCAUACAUGUUAAUGUACCGCUAUGCAUUUCUAUUAUUAUAAACCAAAGACACCAAUUUAAUUCAAUCCAAAUGCAAGUGGUUGUUUGGAGGACACUUUAUAAUCUUUUGUAUUAUUUGGUUAGAAUUAAACUUAUUUCAUAGUUA